GCAUCCGACACCCUUCCGCGCCUGGCACGUUGCCCCUCACGGUUCUCACUCAACCCCACGGUCAACGUCAUAUUGAUACAGGACUCAACUCGUGUCUGGAGACAUUGAAAGUUUUAGCAACUCUCCGAGACGAGUCUUGAAGGCACAGUGACUCCUCUGUCAUUUUUCGAGUGUGCACUCGUCUUGUAUGCCCUUGGAGAAUCGACUGACACUCUUCUUUGGUACGACCAUCUCCAUCGUUCUACUAGCCGUGCUAUAUCAAAUCACUGGACCCAGAAUCAUCCCAUUGUUUUGGUUUCUUACACCAUCAACCAUGGCCUGGAGGUGCUCCGGUCGUACGAAUGCAGAACUCAUUUCGAACCUCUUCAACGCCGGCCUGAUCACCUCUCCACGCGUUCGCGAUGCCAUGACCUCCGUGGACCGGGCACAUUACUGUCCGUCCUCACCACUCGCGGCGUACGAAGACUCCCCUCAACCCAUCGGCUUCAGCGCCACGAUCUCAGCUCCGCACAUGCACGCCUCGGCCUGCGAAAGCCUACUCAACUUCAUGCCCGAGAGCAAGGGCGCGAGGGUGCUCGAUGUGGGAAGUGGUAGCGGAUACCUCACGCAUGUCAUCGCAAACCUGGUCUGCGGUGCGGAUGGUAAAGGAGAAGGCAAAGUGGUUGGAAUAGAUCACAUUCAAGGCCUCGUGGAUAUGUCACGGGACAAUAUGAGACGGAGCGAAGAAGGUCGCAGUCUCCUCGAUACCGGCAGAGUGGAACUGGUGAAGGGAGACGGAAGGAAGGGUUAUCCUGAGGGAGGUCCUUACGAUGCCAUUCACGUUGGAGCCGCUGCCGUGGAACUACAUCAGAGCCUCAUCGACCAAUUAAAGUGCCCUGGAAGGUUGUUUAUUCCGGUCGAGGACAACGAUGGCUGGGGGAGCCAGUGGAUAUGGGUGGUCGAUAAAGAUAAGGAUGGCAAAGUCUCGAAGAAGAGAGAUAUGGGAGUGCGGUAUGUGCCGCUGACCGAUGCGCCCAAGCGAUAGAGACAAAACAGGGGACGACUGUGGAAGAAAUCUUGCGGAAGCUAAUGACGGCGGGAAGGAUUCACCUUCAGCAACUUGUCGAUGGCGAUGGCCUUGUACGAAUUUAUGACAGCGAUUUCGAUGUGCAAGGGUAUACCAUACUAUCGGAUUAUGGUUUUCAUAAGGGCUGGUGCUGUGUGGAGUAGCAGUGCCAUGCCAUCAGAGCUGGAGGGCUCGAUUGUACAAUAGUAGUUUACGACCCGCGAGGUAGGUGGAGGAUAUUCGAG